AAGUAGAAAGUUUUUUUGGAGAUUUUGUUGUGUUCGCCAAAAUAACUACACCACAGUGUUUAAUAUGUAACCCCGUUUAACACUGGAUUAAUAACGUGAUCAGAGGAAACAGAGCACGCGAAGAGCGAGACCACAAACCUCCAAGUUGUAAAGCUGAGGACUAUCAGCUGAGGCCAUGAGUCGAGUCCCUCUACAGCAGCCGCAGAGCUGUGGGCCGUGGGAGCGGAAGGAGCGUCUGGGGACUGGAGGCUUUGGGAAUGUCACAAAAUGGCAAAAUAAGGACACAGAGGAGCAGAUCGCUGUAAAGCAGUGCCGUCAGGAGAUGAGCGAGAGAAACAAAGAAAGAUGGUGUCUGGAGAUCCAGAUCAUGAAGAAGCUGGAUCAUGUCAACGUUGUUGCAGCCAGAGAGGUCCCUGAAGAAAUGAAGAAACUGGUGGCCCCGCAUCACCCGCCACUGCUGGCCAUGGAGUACUGCCAGGGAGGAGAUCUGAGAAAGUAUCUGAACCUCCUGGAGAACUGCUGUGGAAUGAGGGAGGGCUCCGUUCUGAUUCUGUUAUGUGACAUCUCCUCGGCACUCACCUACCUCCACAAGAUGAGGAUCAUCCACAGAGACCUGAAACCAGAAAACAUUGUGCUGCAGCAGGGAGAGAAACGACUGAUUCAUAAGAUUAUCGAUCUCGGCUACGCUAAAGAGUUGGACCAGAGCAGCAUCUGCGUCUCAUUUGUUGGGACACUUCAGUACUUGGCUCCAGAGCUCAUAGAGAGGCAGAAGUACACGGUCAAAGUGGACUACUGGAGCUUCGGCACUUUGGUGUUUGAGUGUAUCACAGGAUAUCGCCCUUUCUUACCAACCUGGCAACCUGUUCCAUGGCACAACAAACUGAGGCUGAAACAGGACGAUGACAUUGUCGUCCAAGAGGACCUCUCAGGAGAAGUGCGUUACUCCAAACAUGUGCCCCAGCCCAACAACCUCAACAGUCUGUUAUUAGAGAAAAUGGAGAGGUGGCUGCAGUUGAUGUUGAAGUGGUCUCCUCAGGAGAGAGGCAUAGACCCCGAGGCUACACCCAGCAACUGCUUCUCCCAGCUGGAUGUCAUACUGAAGCUCAAGCUGGUUCAUGUCCUGAACAUGAUGUCUGCUAAGAUCCUGACAUACUCAGUCUCAGAGGACGAGACAGUGGCCAAUCUGCAGUUGAGGAUCGAAAAAGACACCAGCAUCCUUGCAGCCAAUCAGGAGCUGCUGCUUGAGGCGGGGAUAGCUCUGGAGCCUCAAGGGCUGGCCACCCAAUGCGCCAUAGAUUACACAGAGAUCGAUGGCCGACGGACAGACCUGCCUCUGGUCUUCCUGUUUGAUCGCUCCUCCUGCAGCUAUGAACCUCAGUUUGCUCCUCGCACCCUUCCGGACAACAUCCGCUUUGCCCAAAGCGACCCGAAACACGUCCUUCCUUACAGCCCUCUGAGGAGGACUUGCGGUCAGGCGUGGCACACCAUCCGUUCCCUGAAAGAGGACUGGCAGAGGCUGCAGCAGGGACAGAAAGCUGCCAUCAUGAGCCUGCUGAGACACAACUCCUCGCUGUCCAAACAGAAGAAUGAGAUGGUGUCCAUGUAUCAGAGACUCAUGGCCAAGCUGGACUUCUUCACUACCAGCAUUCACGUAGACAUGGACAAAUACCAGGAGCAGACCGCCACUGGGAUCGCAUCAGAGAAACUCCUUGGCGUGUGGAGGGAGAUGGAGCAAAAAGCUAUCAGCUGUGAUCAGGCCAAGGUGAGUGAACUGGAGGAGGAGAUGAUGCAUCUGCAGCAGGACAUAGUGGACGUGCAGAGACAGCCGUGGAGGAGUGGAGAAGCUCUGGACACACUUGAAGGAAAAGCCAUGGAGCUGUUCCGCAAACUCAGAGAGAAACCCCGAGACCAAAGGUGUCCAGGGGACAGUCAGGAGAUGGUGCGGCUGGUCUUUCAGGCAGUGCAGUUCUAUGAAAAGAAACUGAGAGACUUCUACACACACCUCAGUAAGACCGCCUUGUGCCGUCAGCGUGUGAUGGAGCUGCUGCCCAAGGUGGAGGGAGUGGUUCAGAGGAUGGCAGAGAGCGAGCAGGUGCUGAUGAGUCUGCAGGAGAGGAGACAGAGGGAGCUGUGGAACCUGCUCAAAGUGGCCUGUAGUAAAAUUCCCAGCCCAGUGAGUGGAACUCCUGAUGGUUUACGGACCCCGUCUUCAGGGCCUCUGCUGACCCCAAGACACAGCUUACAGCAGUUUGAUGAGUCUCUGGUGGAGGAGAGCAGGACGUUUGAGAGUCGACUCCAGAGUUUGCUGCAUGACACCAUCCAGGAGUCAGAUGGCAGUAUGGAGAUGUUGAGCGAAUGGACGUGGAUGCACGGCGGACAGAAUUUCUCCAGUGACCUGUCCUAAAGGAAGUCUUCUCUUUGCUUACAUUUGGUACUCUACUGCCUCAGUGUGGACAGGGUGUCAAAUUACACAGCAGUAGGUUGCGACUGGUUUGUUAAAGAAUGGGAAUGCUGUAAGAUACGCUGGCUCAUCCUUGCUAACCAGAUGAGGGAGAAGGUGCUCAACACUGCUGUAUGGAUUUUAAAGCCAACCUGUUUCAUACAUUUCUCUCUGAUUAGGAUGUACAUCAGAGGACUUUAUUAAAGACGGACUGUAGUUAUGUAGUUGUUACCCAUUUGUUAUUAGAACAAAAAUAUGUGAACGUCAAUUAAAUGGGCAGAUCGUAACGAAAAGAGAACAUUGAGUAAAUAAAAUAUGAGCGUAUCUUCUUUAUAAGAGGAACGGGAGCAGCCAGCAGAAAAUGAUGUCCAAAAUCUGAAAAGUGAAUCUCCUUUUAAAAGUGUCCUUAAAACAGCUCAGAAACAGAAAGAGCUCAUUUUCUCCUCAAGUGAAUAACUGAGAGUUCAUGAAUGUAAAUGUUUAACCAAAAAAAAACUUCUAUUGUGUUUAAAUCUAUAUAUUUUAGGUUUGUUUCAUCGGUGCUGUAACUAUUUUAUAGAUAUCUCUGACUGUUAUGAAUCUAAAUAUAUUGUGUAUGUACAUUUCUCGCAUUGGACCAUUUAGAGGAAAGUAAAUGAAUGAUGUUUAUAACUGUUAAAGGACCGUUUUGACCGUAUGCUGCGUCACGGUGUGAAUUUGAUCCUUUUUUAUUUUUUGAUACUUCAUAAAAAUUGCGAGAAGGUUUGGACAUCAGAGUAGACCAUUUUAAAACCUGGUGCUGUUAAGCUCCCUGUGAUAAUAUCUGGUGAUUUUAAUCCCAUUGAAAUUGAGUCUGUCAGGAGGUUAGGUCAUUAGUAUAGUAAGCAUAUAAUAGUAUAAUAAGUGAUAGUGUUCAUUUCCAUGGUUAAAAACAAUAACAACAUAUUGUUGUUCUCUCUUGACUUGGUGCAAUAGGGUUAGAAAAGUUGAUUAUUUGUGAUCUAAACCUUUAUUUUGAAACAUUUCCCUCUUUUUCUCAAACUAUGCAAGACUAUUGUCAACCUUUAUGCAUUCUGAUAAUCAGUGAACACGACUUUAAAACUAAUUAUAUAGACUAAUGUGGACUAGCUAUUUCCUCUACCUCCGUUAUAUUCAAGCUCUGAGUGCUUCAGCAUUCAUGCGGCUGCUUCAUCUACUGGAGGUGAUCUUUACUAUCUGUGUUUCACACAAAGUGAUGGGAAGUUAUACAUGUUGUCUGUCUGUCCUAUUGUUGUCCUUUUGUGUUAAUGAUCUUUUUUUUUUUUUUACCUCAAAGCUGUAAUACCACCAUAAUGUGAUAAUGUGAGGGACUUCAAUCAUAUUUUACAAAACAAAAACUGACAUCAACUGAUUUUUAUCUUUGAUUCAUCCGCUUUUUCUAAGAGCAGGGUUUCCUCUCCUUUUUGCAUUCUCAUGUCAACAAAAAUAAAAAUAAAGUCCACUUCAAGAUCUUUGUGGUUAACAUUCUUUAUUCCUUUAAUUCAAUAAAAUCAGUUUGAGGUCCUAACAGUUGACUAAGGCUCCUAUACAAAGCACAGCACAGAUAAAGUGAAAUGUAGUGGUAAAGGUUGAACAGGUACAGGAGACAAAACCAGACAAAGAGGUCACACGUAGCUCCUGAAAAAAAUAGACAUGGAGGCAACUGAAGGUCCACAGUAUAAAAACUGUGUUUCUGAGGUCAAACGGUGAACCAAAGUCAGUCCACUUAGUCUGAGAGGGAGCAGCUGCUCUUUGUCUUCUCUACUUAACUCCCUCAAGGUUUUAUUGCGUCUGUUUACAGUCUCUGUACUCGUCAGUUUGACACUUAAAACUCAGAAAGCGUCCCUCAAGUCUUAAUAGCAUGCAACAAAACCAAAACAAAACCAAAAUAAAAGGCACCCUCUACUAUAUUUUUUUGUCUAAAACCCAGAGUAUAUCAGAACAAAGAUGAGCUGACCACACAUUCAAAAUAAAAAGGUGCUUUUAAUCCUAUUUUAGAAACAACACAGAUAUAGCUGACACAUACUGCUUUAUUCAAAGUGCACUUUGUCCUAUUCAACUGGUCAGACGUAGCACAUUAUCUGGCAAACAAGGUUUCAUUUUCAGCUGUUGAGUCUGUUUUUUGGUGUUUUCUGAUAAAAGAUGCUUAAAAGUUGUUACCUGUAAAUAGUGUAUAUUUUAAAAAAUAAAUCUUGAUUCAUUUAAAAGUUACAGUACUGGAGGUUUGUGAGGCUGCUUAGGGUUACAGGGUUAAGGCCAAAGAACGUGUGUGUACGUGUGUCAGACUGAGAGGGAAGAUGUGUUUAUGUAUCGCUGAGUGGACCUUUUUUUUU